ACUCGGGGAGGCAGCCAUGGCGGCCGUGGGGGCUGCUGGAAGGCCCUUCCGCCUCCCUGCCCUGGUUUUCCUUCUCCUGCUCUGGUUGUCGCCGCCGCCGCUGCUCCUCCUCGCCCAGGCCGCCGGAGCCGGGAGCUGUCGAGGAGAGUCGGGCCUCAGGCCAGGUGAGGCCCGUGACUCUGAGGCCUGUGGGCUGAGUCUGCAGCUGGAGCAUUCGUUUGAGUUGGAUGACAGCAUCCGAUUCAAAAAGCGGGGCACCCUCCAGUGGAAUAUGGGCCCUGAGCCCAGCCUCUCACUAAACCAGAAGCAAUUAACUGAGGAGGAGCGUAACAAACUCAGGGAGGUGGCCACAGAGGGAGGGCUGUACCGUGUGCGGAUCCCGAAAUGGCCCCUGGGGAGCACAGAAGAGAGUGGAGCUGAAUACGUCACUUCUUUUGUCAGGGCGUGCUCAAUGGUGGAGUCCCAUCUGUCCGACAGGCUGACGGUCCACACGGACAUCGCUGGGAACAUCAUCGGCCUCUCCGUGGUCACCGUGCCUGGCUCCUGCAAUGGGGCUGAGGUGGAGGACGUGGACCUCGAGCUGUUCAAUACCACUGCCCUUCUCCAGCAGCCCAUCCCAGCGGCUGUCCCGGAGACAGCUGCAUUUAUUGAACGCAUGGAACAAGAGCAGGCACAGAAGGCCAAGAAUCCCCAGGAGCAGAAAUCCUUCUUUGCCAAAUAUUGGCAUUUAAUCCUGGGCGGGGCACUGCUUCUCCUAGUGACCAGCUCUGGAGCAGCCCCUCAGGAGCCGGGACGUCAGCCCUGAGCAAAAGUAAAGCCACACCCAACUCUUCCUGCUUCCAGCUUUCUUGGCACACCUCUUGUUCAGCAUGGACUCCUUCAGUGCUUUCAUU